CAAGCAGUGUUCAGGUUAAAUGGAAGUUGUGGAGCAGAAUCUUUAAGGUAAUACUAACCCCACAGGCAAAACCCGAAGCUGCAGCAGAGACAUGGAAGCACACACCACGAUUACAGAUGAGCACGGUGCCCGGAACUGCGGCGAACUCCAAUGGACAGCGAGAUUCAGCGAGAUGGACGCAUUUUAGAUUUGGUUGAUGAUGCUUGGAAAGAAGAUAAAUUACCUUAUGAAGAUGUAACCAUUCCACUGAAUGAACUUCCAGAGCCUGAACAGGAUAAUGGCGGAGUGAUGGAGUCUGUCAAAGAGCAGGAAAUGAAAUGGGCCGAUUUGGCACUGCAGUAUCUGCAUGAAAACAUACCCAUGUCAGGGAAUUAACAUUGUCUUUGUGUUGUGGAAAGGAAAUUACUGUUCUUCUUCUCUUCCUUUUGAGUUUAAUAAAUUGACCAACUGGUUUUUUUUGCGAUGGAGAAA